AUGGCUGAUAACGACGAAUUGAGUGAAAGAAAAGCGCAUGAAUUCGAGAAGUGGAAGGGCGGGUAUCAAAUCAGAAAAAUACCACGAGCCAGAAAAGUAGGUCAAUCGUGGUUGACUACACCAAUAUCGGUGAUUAGAGCCUUGGUACCAUCGUUAACUUUGAUGCUCUUUGAAUUACCUGAUCUUAUUAUAUGUAAUGGUCCAGGAAGUUGCAUCCCUAUUUGCGUUAUAUCUUAUAUUCCAAGAAUCCUCGGAAUAAAACAUGUUCGUAUAAUAUAUAUUGAAUCAUUUGCGCGUGUAAAUUCAUUAUCACUGUCUGGACGACUUUUACUCAACUUUGUUGAUCGGUUUUUGGUUCAGUGGCCAUAUCUUGCGCAAAAGUAUCCUGAAAAAGCAGAGUAUUUUGGUGUUUUGGUUUAA